AGGUGAAGAAGUCCUGGAACUCGUGGCUUCGGGUCGCGGCAGAAUCCGGCCGGCCGGGCGGCGCGACCCAGCCAGGUGAGGGUAAGGUUCUCUGUGGAGGAGGAAGCAUGAUCACCUUCAUGAACAACUCAGACAGCGAGGAGGAACCCUGCAACGAGAGAACGUCCUUGAUGUCGGCUGAGAGCCCCCUUCUGCCUUCUUACCAAGAUGACACACAAACACCAGAAGCAGGAGAAGCACUCACGCACAGGAAAGGGCGUCCCGGCAGCAGUGGGAGCUCCAACAAAACUGCUGAUGGAAACGCGGCCGACACGGAAAGAAUAGCCAGAGUGCUCGCUGCCGUGGAUAGCGAGGAGGAAGAGCUGACCUUGAAAUAUGGAGCGAAACAUGUGAUCAUGCUGUUUGUGCCUGUCACGUUGUGCAUGGUUGUGGUCGUUGCAACCAUAAAGUCUGUGCGGUUUUACACCGAGAAGAAUGGACAGCUGAUUUAUACCCCAUUUACGGAAGACACACCCAAUGUGGGCCAGCGUCUUUUGAACUCUGUGCUGAAUACCAUAAUCAUGAUCAGUGUCAUAGUAGUAAUGACGAUCUUCUUGGUUCUAUUAUACAAGUACCGUUGUUACAAGUUCAUUCAUGGCUGGCUCAUUCUCUCAUCUCUGAUGCUUCUGUUCCUCUUCACCUACAUCUACCUUGGUGAAGUGCUAAAGACCUACAAUGUGGCCAUGGAUUAUCCCACCCUGUUCUUCUUCAUUUGGAAUUUUGGAGCCGUUGGGAUGAUUUGCAUCCACUGGAAGGGGCCCUUGCACCUCCAGCAAGCCUAUCUCAUCAUGAUCAGUGCCUUGAUGGCUUUAGUCUUCAUUAAGUAUCUGCCUGAGUGGUCAGCCUGGGUCAUUCUGGGAGGCAUAUCGGUUUACGACUUGGUGGCUGUCUUGUGCCCAAAGGGGCCGCUCAGGAUGUUAGUGGAAACAGCGCAAGAGAGAAAUGAGCCCAUAUUUCCGGCACUUAUUUAUUCGUCUACUAUGAUGUGGACUGUGGGAAUGGCAAAACAAGACAAUGCACGAAGGAGGUCUUCUGAAGAGACAUGGGAUCAAGCAGAAGGAGCACAGAACCAUGAUGGUGGUUGUUACACUGAGCCAGCCGUUCCUGACAUGAGAAAUUCAAGAACAGACCAUCCAAUCGAUCCUCCCUUAGAGGAGGAGGAAAGAGGCGUCAAAUUGGGCCUUGGGGACUUCAUAUUCUACAGUGUACUUGUGGGCAAAGCAGCCGCCACUGCUAGCGGUGACUGGAAUACAACUCUGGCUUGUUUCGUAGCCAUCCUCAUAGGCCUGUGUUUAACUCUUUUGCUGCUGGCAGUAUUCAAGAAAGCGUUACCUGCCCUUCCCAUCUCCAUCACCUUUGGCUUGAUCUUCUACUUCUCAACAGAUUACCUUGUGCAGCCUUUCAUGGACACCCUUGCAGCCCAUCAGCUAUAUAUUUGAAAAAAAGCAAACAGACCAGUGGUGAUCUUCUCUGGAGUCUUUGCUGUGCAACAGGACAUUUUCCAAUAGAUAUGGUUUUUACACUUAGUGCCAUAUAUUUUUCAGGAAUCCCGGUAAUAACACGUGUGUGAGUCUCUCCUGAGACUCAGUAGCCAGGUCCUUCGAUUUCUGAUGUGAACAAUUUGACCGGGAGCAGGACACACGCAGCCUGAUCCUAUCUGUGUUUACUACUGAUCUCAGUUGGACUUGCUCCCAAGUCAGCUUGCAUAGCAUCGCAGUCCCGAUAACCCUGAGACGCCUGGCCUCCUGCUUUAGUUUAGCGUGUAAAUGAAUGUGAAAAUGCAUUGGUUAUAUUGGCCCAAGGUGAAACAAAAUUCCUCUCCCAGGAGGUCAGCAGAUGAUGAAUGUGAGAUUCCAGUUUGCCAGAGAUGUUGCAAUCGUAGCGAAGAAUAAUCAUGGUUUCGAUGUACUGCUGCACCAGCCUGCUUCCACUGGUGUAACAGGGCCUCUUGUUUCCUCUCCCCGCACCAGGUAUCUCCAAAAUCUGUGCCAGCCCUUCACAGCUGAUUUUGAGGGUGAGCAAGGGGUGGUCUGGAUGGAACAGGAAGUUCAGUUUCAUGUGCCCCUACAGAGCUGCAGCCCCAUAAUAAUAGUACAGUAUGCUUUAAAAAAAUACUACAAAGCAUCUAAAUGGAAUAAAUGAGAGGGUAUUUUUUUUCUGAAAGGGUAUUGGUUAUAUUAGCCCACGGUGAGAAAAAUAAUUCCUUGGCUGGGAGGUGAGUAGUUGGCGAAUUUAAGAUUCUUGUUUACACUACUAAUUUUCAAAAAAAGAGAGUAAUUAUCAUGGUGGUAGUUGUGCAGCACACUUUUUUUUUUAAGUCUGUGAAAAUGCUUCUUUAAAAUAGGCAUACAGCUAAAGUUCAGGGAUUGUGUGGAGGCAAAACUGCACAUGAUUAAUAUGUUGCAGGUUUCCAAAUCUCUGUUUUUUCUUUAAUUGCAGCCGUGGAGGACGGGGUUGGAAUUGCGAUAGAGGGAAGUGGGAAGGGAAGGUUUAUCCUUUCCCUCCCCAGCCAUUAUCAUGGCAAAAUUCAAGGGCUCCAUGCGGCUGUAAGGCUUAAGAAAAUAAUCCCAUUGGCACCAAUGGGACCUCCUCUUCCUCCUCCUGUUUUAUGCUAACCCUCCCAGCUGUGCCAGGGGUGUUUCAUGGAUUUGUUAGCAAAAACGUAUGUGCCGCUUGAUUGUAAUAAAACCUCUGAGUGGUUUACAGGAAA